CAGCGGGUUGCCAUAGCUUCAAAGAGGACCAGAGCGGGGCUCUCCACACCCCUCAUCAACCUAACCCCCCACCACCUCAUGAGCAACGGGGAUCCAGACUGCUCUCCUACCCGGAACCUAAUCACAAGCCCAACGGUUUUGAGAAAAGGAUCUAAUUUGAACCUGGUGUUCAUCUAAAUCGCACCUCGAGCUCCUGACCCUUUUCUCCGUCUUGCAUCUCUCUCUUUUGACUUCUCUGCACGGGAGCUCUCUCGUCCACGGCCGACCUCCCUCUGAAGCUUCGCUUUCCGCCUUUCCGCCAUUCCGCCUUUCCUGCCAACCUAACGCCACUCCUCCACCAUGGCCGACGAGAUUGCCCCCGAGUACGAUGUCAUUGUGCUGGGCACAGGGUUGACCGAGUGCAUUCUGUCCGGGGUGCUCAGUGUCAAGGGGAAGAAGGUGCUGCACAUUGACCGCAACGACCACUACGGCGGCGAGGCAGCGUCACUCAACCUCGAGGCGCUCUUCAAAAAGUAUGGCAACUACAGCGCGGGCACCGAGCCCUGGAAGCAGUACGGUCGCCUAAACGACUGGAACGUCGACCUGGUGCCCAAGUUCCUCAUGUCUUCGGGCGAGCUCACCAACAUCCUCGUCUCGACCGACGUCACCCGCUACCUCGAGUUCAAGCAAGUUGCUGGCAGCUACGUCCAGCAGGGCGCCGGGCCCAAAGCCACCGUCGCCAAGGUGCCCUCAGAUGCCGCCGAGGCCCUCAAGUCGCCCUUGAUGGGCAUCUUUGAGAAGCGCCGCAUGAAGAGCUUCAUCGAGUGGGUGGGCCAGUUCGAUCCUAAGGACCCGGCCACGCACAAGGGUCUCGACAUGAGCACCUGCACCAUGAGGGAAGUCUAUGACAAAUUCGGCCUCGAGCCCGGCACCAAGGACUUUGCCGGCCACGCCAUGGCCCUCUACUCGUCCGACUCCUACCUUGACGUCAAGGGCGGUGCGCCCGAGGCCAUCGAGCGCCUCCGCCUCUAUGGCAACAGCGUGGCCCGCUACGGCAAGUCGCCCUACAUCUACCCGCUCUACGGCCUGGGCGAGCUGCCGCAGGGCUUCGCCCGCCUCAGUGCCAUCUACGGCGGCACCUACAUGCUGAACACCAGCGUCGAGGACAUCGUGUAUGAGGGCGAGAAGGCGGUCGGCAUCAAGGCCACUAUGCGCGGCAUUGAGCCCGAGAUGAAGUUCGAGACGAAAGCCAAGACCAUCAUCGGCGACCCGAGCUACUUCUCGGCCAAGGUCCGCGUCGUCGGCCACGUCCUCCGCGCCAUCUGCAUCCUCAAGCACCCGCUCGCCAGCACCAACGACAGCGACUCGUGCCAGAUCAUCAUCCCGCAGUCGCAGGUUGGCCGCAAGAACGACAUCUACAUUGCCUGCGUCUCCUCGGCCCACAACGUCUGCCCCAAGGGGUACUGGAUUGCCAUCGUGUCCACCAUCGCCGAGACCUCUGCGAACCACCACCUCGAGCUAGCGCCCGGUAUUGAGCGCCUUGGCAAGAUUGAGGAGCAGUUCAUGGGCCCUCCCAUCCCGCUGUACGAGCCCCUCGAGGACGGCCGCAAGGACAACAUCUUCAUCUCCAGGAGCUACGAUGCCAGCAGCCACUUCGAGAGCACCACCGACGACGUCAAGGAUAUCUACAAGCGUAUCACAGGUGAGGAGCUGGUGGUUGAGGGGCUUAGGGAGGGCAUCCAGGUUGCUGCGGAGUAAGCGCGGCGAAGAGCGAGGGAAAAAGGAAAGAAGGGAAAAGACAAAGGAAGUGAAGGAUAGGAAGGGUGGUGGUGGUGGUGGUGGUUGGUAUAUAGGAAUAAUACACAUGUGAAAUCAAUUGAACUGCUUGAAUUCCGGG